AUGCCUCCUAAUUGUACGUACGUACCGCUCAAACGCGCUGCCGACAUUGAAGGUCGAGGACCAUCGGGGCAAGUUCGUACGAAAUACAGAAGCCGCUUGUUUAAUAAUCAUUCGUCGCAGUGGACGGACGGAAGUGCCAGACGAGGGCAAGCCGUGGAAGGCGGUUCAGUGAGAGCCAGCACGUGCAGGAAACUUUCGAGUCGACUUAAACGUCGCCUUCCUCGCUCUCCAGUGGACGGGCAGAAGUUCAAGACAAAGGCAAGACGAGGGCAAGCCGUGGAAGGCGGUUCAGCGUCCCGGUCGCGGCUGUUCAAGGAGUUGAAGGAGGCGCAGAGGGAGGCACGGGUAGCAGCUGAGAAUGACUAUAGUUCCUACAUCCCCACUUACCCGUCUGUCUCACUAUCGUUCUUUCAAUCCCAGGCGUCGCGGUCGCGGCUGUUCAAGGAGUUGAAGGAGGCGCAGAGGGAGGCACGGGUAGCAGCUGAGAAUGACUAUAGUUCCUACAUCCCCACUUACCCGUCUGUCUCACUAUCGUUCUUUCAAUCCCAGGCGUCGCGGUCGCGGCUGUUCAAGGAGUUGAAGGAGGCACAGAAGGAGGCACGGGUAGCAGCUGAGAAUGACUAUAGUUCCUACAUCCCCACUUACCCGUCUGUCUCACUAUCGUUUUUUCAAUCCCAGGCGUCGCGGUCGCGGCUGUUCAAGGAGUUGAAGGAGGCGCAGAGGGAGGCACGGGUAGCAGCUGAGAAUGACUAUAGUUCCUACAUCCCCACUUACCCGUCUGUCUCACUAUCGUUCUUUCAAUCCCAGGCGUCGCGGUCGCGGCUGUUCAAGGAGUUGAAGGAGGCACAGAGGGAGGCACGGGUAGCAGCUGAGAAUGACUAUAGUUCCUACAUCCCCACUUACCCGUCUGUCUCACUAUCGUUCUUUCAAUCCCAGGCGUCGCGGUCGCGGCUGUUUAAGGAGUUGAAGGAGGCACAGAGGGAGGCACGGGUAGCAGCUGAGAAUGACUAUAGUUCCUACAUCCCCACUUACCCGUCUGUCUCACUAUCGUUCUUUCAAUCCCAGGCGUCGCGGUCGCGGCUGUUCAAGGAGUUGAAGGAGGCGCAGAGGGAGGCACGGGCGUCGCGGUCGCGGCUGUUCAAGGAGUUGAAGGAGGCACAGAAGGAGGCACGGGCGUCGCGGUCGCGGCUGUUCAAGGAGUUGAAGGAGGCACAGAAGGAGGCACGGGUAGCAGCUGAGAAUGACUAUAGUUCCUACAUCCCCACUUACCCGUCUGUCUCACUAUCGUUCUUUCAAUCCCAGGCGUCGCGGUCGCGGCUGUUCAAGGAGUUGAAGGAGGCACAGAAGGAGGCACGGGGGUCACCCGAUGCUGACAUCAUCCUCAGCUGUGAUGAGAGCAACAUCUACAGAUGGACGGCCCUGAUCAAUGGCCCAUCUGACACGCCGUAUUACGGAGGGCAAUUUACCCUCGCCAUCAACGUGCCGCAGCAGUACCCGCUUGUGCCGCCCCAAGUGCGGUUCGCUACCAAGGUUUUCCACCCCAACGUGCACUUCAAGACUGGGGAGAUCUGCUUAGACAUCCUCAAGACGGCAUGGAGCCCUGCUUGGACCCUCACAUCUGUGUGCCGAGCCAUCAUCACUCUCCUCUGCCACCCUGAAGCUGACAGCCCACUCAACUGCGACUCAGGCAAUUUGAUUAGAGCUGGGGACAACCGAGGCUACUGCUCCAUGGCUCGCAUGUACACUAAACUUCACGCCAUGCCGCCGGCUGCAAGAUGA